AUGCCGGAUAAGCUCGAUGUGCAGGGUCUCCUCCAGGAGUCCAAGGCUGAAUACAAACGCCUAGGAAAGAGUGGCCUGAAGGUCUCAGUACCUAUCCUGGGUGCCAUGAGCAUUGGUUCCUCUAAAUGGCAGCCCUGGGUCAUUGAAGAAGAAGAGUCGCUACCGCUACUGAAAGCUGCGUACGAUCGCGGUCUUACGACUUGGGAUACCGCCAAUGUCUAUUCCAAUGGCGUCUCCGAAGAGCUCGUUGGCAAAGCAAUCAAGAAGUACGACUUGCCUCGUGAGAAGCUCGUCAUCCUCACGAAGUGCUUUGGUUACGUUGGCGAAGAUCCAGGUCUACGUACGAUCCAGUAUGGCACGGAGCUGCCUCAGUUGAAAGACUACGUGAAUCAAGGUGGUCUGUCACGGCAAGCAAUCUUCAACGCCGUCAAUGCAUCGCUCAAGCGUCUCGAUCUGGAGUAUAUCGAUCUUCUACAAAUCCAUCGCUACGAUCCAAAUACACCUCUCGAGGAAACCAUGGAGGCACUGCACGAUCUGGUCAAGAGUGGAAAAGUCAGGUACAUAGGUGCCAGCUCCAUGUGGGCAGUCCAGUUUGCGCAAAUGCAGUUUACUGCUGAGAAGAAUGGUUGGACCAAAUUCAUCAGCAUGCAGAACCAUUACAACCUGCUAUAUCGCGAGGAAGAGCGUGAGAUGAAUCGAUUCUGCAAUGACACUGGCGUUGGUCUUAUUCCGUGGGCACCACUAUGCCGUGGCCAUCUCGCUCGCCCUCCCUCGGCAUUCGGCUCGACCACUCGUUCAGAAGGGGAACAGAAGGCUGGCAAUCAGACCUCUGGUAACAACGAGCGUGACAAGAAGAUCAUCGGCCGUGUCGAAGAGAUUGCAAAGAAGCAUGACUGGAAGAUGAGCCAUGUUGCGCUAGCAUGGAUCAACAAGCGUGUUGCGAGUCCCAUCAUCGGUUUCUCCAGUGUAGACAGGAUGGAUGAGGCACUUGCAGCAAGGGGCAAGGAGUUGACUGAGGAAGAGGAGAAGUACCUCGAAGAGCUUUACGAGCCCGUUAGGAUUGUUGGACAUUCAUAG